AUGCUUGGAGGUGGAGUCGUCCACUCUGGGUAUCACAAAGGAUUCGAGUGGAGCUCUUGGCGUACCAAGAAUAUUGCCGGUGCCAAGACUGAGUUGAGACGUGUUAUAGAAGGAACCUGUUUUGCUGAAACUUCGGUCCUUUUCGUCGAUGCCUCUGUUUGGAGAACGCGACGUUGUACCAUCAAAUGGGUUCUCUGUGGUAUCCUUGUUCGAAUAAAGGUCUUCCUUGAGUGGAUAAUCCGGCAGGACGGUGUUUUCGCCGUAAAAGUCUGGAUCAUUGUCGUCCAAGGCCUCCUUUUUAUUACGUUUCCAUGCUCUCCAAACAAAGAAUAG